CCAGGGGUGCAACGAUGGCUUCAUUCAAUUUCGGGGAAUUGCAACGGACACACCACGAAAAUGGCUGCUACCGUGGAUCUGGAGAAGUGCUUUGAAGUGGCCAGCAACCUGGUGUCUGAGGCUGGUCGGUUGAUCGCCCGGAAUAACGACAACCGCACGGAGUUCGAACUUAAGAGCAACGACAUUGACUUGGUUACCCAAACGGACAAGGAUGUGGAGAAGCUAAUAAUGAACGGCAUCCAGAAAGCGUUCCCUGAUCACAAGUUUAUUGGCGAGGAGGAGAGUGCCGAAGGUGGAGUCAAUAAGCUGACGGAGGCUCCCACCUGGAUCAUCGAUCCUGUGGAUGGUACCAUGAAUUUUGUGCACGCCUUUCCCCACUCGUGCAUCUCCGUUGGUCUGAAGGUGAACAAGGUCACCGAAUUGGGCCUGAUCUACAACCCAAUAUUGGAGCAACGCUUCACCGCACGAAGGGGUCAUGGGGCCUUCUAUAAUGGCAAACGAAUCCAAGUAAGCGGUCAAAAGGAGAUUGGAAAGUCUCUGGUCACCAGCGAGUUCGGAACCACCCGCGACGAGGAAAAAAUGAAGGUGGUUAACGAGAACUUUGCCAAAAUGGCCAAGAAGGUGCACGGCUUCCGCGUUUUGGGCUCUGCUGCCUUGAAUAUGGCCAUGGUGGCUCUGGGAGCUGCCGAUGCAAACUACGAGUUUGGCAUUCACGCCUGGGAUGUCUGUGCCGGAGACUUAAUUGUUCGUGAAGCUGGCGGAGUGGUCAUCGAUCCCAGUGGCGGGGAGUUCGACAUUAUGUCCCGUCGUGUGCUGGCAGCAGCCUCCCCAGAGCUUGCGCAGGAUAUCGCCAAGGAGCUGACUCAGUUCUACCCCCUACCAAGGGACGAUUGAGUUACUUAAUUAUUUUGUGUGCAUACCGACUUAAAGGAAUCCAUUCCUGAACAACUUAACGGAGGCAUUUUACCUGUUCCGACCGUGUACCUAAGAAUCACCUGAAGAAUCCUAGUUCAAGAAUCCUAGGAAGUUCCACACACUAACACAUUUCUGUGUAUCAACCGAAAGUUCUUUACGUUUGUGUGUUUAAAUACUCUUUAUAUGUGUGUCUAAUUUCUGCAAAUCGCCGUAAUAAACGUUGUUGCAUUGUAGUAGAAA